AUGAAGGUUAAGCUACGCUCCGUCAGCACGUCAAGUCUCAUUUCCAAAUUCAAACUCGUUCCUGACAUCUCCUGUUCUUUUAAAAUGUCUUACACCGAUGUAGACCUACAGAACCUGACUAGCAAGGACGUGGAAUAUCUUUAUUUUCACCUCGUUUUACCCGGAAAACUCCCAGAUAGAGAUGACAAUUGCUCUAAGAAUGAGAGGCUUCUCAUGAGCUUCGUUCGCCAGUCUUUGGACAGCUUUAUCACGGAAACUGAGCCUGGGGCUGGUGCCGCCAUCAAAGCUUGUUCAGUCAUGAUCGGAAGUUUGGAGAAAUCCAAGAAUGCCCAUGGGUUCUUGAGUGCGGAUGGUGUGCAAAAUGUCUUGCAGCAGCUUUCCCUCAAAGGUGCGGCCCUUCAACAUGACCUCACUCAAAUACUGACACAUCGAGCAAAGGCCCCCUCUGCAUUGUUUCACGUGCCGGCUCAGAAUAGCGGCGCUUUCGUGUAUCAAACUACUACCUCAGUUACUUUUGAGACAUUCGAACUAUCUCCGUCCAACAAGGACGUUAUGGAAACUCGAGGCCGUCUAGUUCGUCGUUUUCCAGCCAACGCGACCGAGAUACCCUGCCGAGAUGUUGAAAAUGCAGAUUUUCAAGACGCACUUGCCAAAACCUUGGCGAAGAUGAGCCACCAAACUGUCGAGGAGACGAAACAUAAAGUCAAGAAGGCCAAGCAAAAGCAUAUCGAACACAGGGAGACGGUACAUCCACGAAUUGUCGUUGACCUACUGCCAGGUAUACUUCGGGGCGUAGGCAAGCAAGUUAGCGUCACUGGUCUUCGCAAAAACACCCAUGAAGAAGUCAUGUGGAGCAACAGCAAGCUCCCAUGGAGACGAUCACCACUCUGGCUACUCAUUCGAGUUGGUCUACAGCUUACCAUGGUUCGAUCUUCAUCCCGAGGUCGAGAUAUGUACAAAGAGUUCAUGAUCUUCUUAAUGGCGGAAGUGCUCGAUAUCUCUACAAAGCAUGAGGCCGGAAGUGAUGAACUUAGUACGAUGUCGGCUAAGAUCUGCCGUAGGCUUUGCAAGCUUGACCAUCCAUAUGACGGUCGGUGGCUGAUACAUGUCCGUCACAUUCUAUCGGAAACAUCGCAGUUCCUGACUGACAGAUGGGACCGUAUCUGCAUGAAAAAUGAAAGGCCUCUGGCUCUCAAAGACAUAGAAAAGUUCAAAUUGGACGAUAGCAUUCGGCUAUCCCUCCCGGAAAUAGACACAUUUGUCGCCUCAGUCUCGGUAAGAGAGGAGACAAUCAGGUCUGCACACUUCAACCCAGUUACAUAUGUGCGAUUACUCGACGACAACUGCCUUCCUACAAUUGAAACAGGCGAAGCAUAUCUACCUUUUAGAUUGGCUAUAGUAGAGUCAUGGGUAGCCGAUAAUCUUGAAUUGUGGUUAAAGCAUCAUAUCGGAGAGGAUGAUGCAUGUAAGAAACUGAAAGAGCUGAUCCAGUCAUACCACCAGGUGGCUAGCCGCCAGUACUCUGACCGCCCUGAGGGUGCAUCGAGGAUGCUUCUCGCCAUCGGCGAACUAUGGGUGGCGAUGGACAAGGCAGCUAUUCAGGCUAUCCCCUCUCUGAUGUUCUACGAACCCGAGGUUCACGUCGAGAUAUGGCAGGCGUUGCUUCUAACAGCUGGUGCUGAAGCAGAGAGACUCCAUAUUUUGGAAAAGUACCUGUUGAAGCGGCAACGCGUUGCCCAAGAGGAUGGAAGGCCAUCUAUAUUCAGAUCUUAUGGCUGCUCACGUUCAUUCUCAGUAGAGUAUUUCUCUACCUCUCCAGAGCAUCAGCAACUGAAAGUCAGGAUUGAAGCUCAGGCAUGGGCCCAAAGGCAAGAGAAGAAGCAGGAACUUCGACGACUCAAGAAAGAGUAUAGCAUUUGGAUGGAAAAAUACCAUGGCAGGGCGGAGUGUGAUGGAUAUACCCGAGAGGAGGAUGGUAUUCCAGUCUGGUGCCAUUCUCGCGCCUGUCUCCGGUGCGAGUAUCUGGCCAAGGCAGACAGCCUCCAGAUUGAUAUGCACGAGUGGCCCUUGCAUCAACACGAGUUGGAGGCUCAAUCGACCGUUUUUGAGCUUUCUGUCCCUGCCGUCUUCUCUGAAUGGCGAGAUAGUACUCUGUACAUCAUCAAUGAUGUGCUACUAUGCGAGCAAUUCGAAACCCCUCAUCCACAGUCAUCCCAUCCGCUACGAGACUACCCACCGCUCCAUGAGUUCUUUCGAACGGGUAAAGAUUACCGCGUCCAUCUAUUAUCUAAGAAAAAGCCAAAUAUCAUUACUCAUCGGAAAUAG